UUUGUUUUUUGGGAAUUGAUAUUAGCUGAUGUUGCCCAUUUUUUUUUUUAUUUAAAUUAAUGUUGAUGGGUGUUUGGGUAAUUUUUCUAAGGAACCUUUUGGUAAAGAAAAUAGGAAGAAAUAUGACUUGUGGGAUUUCCUUGUAUUAUUUUGUUCUCUAUGGUAUAAAAUAUAGUUAUCUAUAUAUAUUUUUUUGGUAGGAGGGAGAAGUAAGUGUCUAUUGCCUCAAAUUAAAAAAUGUCAAAAUUGAGGAUUUGAAAAUGAAACGCAUGGCUGGUCCCUAAAAUUAUCCAUUAAUACUUGCACUUCGUAAGAGCCCCCCCUCCCCUUUUUUAAUUAACAAUUUAUAAUAUUUAUAAAAUAUAAAUAUAUAAAAUUCAAAUAUUAAGGGUCACCUCAUUGAGAAGAUUUGACUUAAUAGUACUUAGUAAUUAUACCAAAUCUAAUUCUCACUGGGAACUAAGAGUGUAAUUCAGUCCUUCAAUUACCACUAAUUAUAUAUUUACUGUCUAAUUACCACUAAUUGAAUUCAGUUGACAAGAUAUAAUUUUUUUUACAAAAAAAUGAAUAUAAAAAUCUAAAUACAAGCAUGGGUGAAAAUCAAAACAAACAAAAUUGAAAAAAAUAAAAAAAAAGAAGGAAAAAACUUACUUUACACUGAAGUGAAGACAACACUAGCUUUGGGUGCUUUCCUCGACCCAAACCACUUGCAGACAGACUAUUAAUUGUGUAUCAAGUUGAAGCCUUUGACCAUAACUUGGCAAACUUGGGCACGAUAUUGUUACUUUUCAAUUACUUGUUUCUUAGUGUUUGUUCAUUGCUCAUUCUCAUUGUUUGAGAUAAUUGGCUUGGACAUUUCCAUGUAGUUUCCCAAUUAAUAGAAAAAUCUAUUGCCCAUGCAUGUAUAGUUAAGAUGGUAAUUUUUUCUAAGAAAAUUCAGUGGGUACCUGUGCGCCCACUGAUCCUUAAGAUUCUUCAGUCAUAUAUAUAUAUAUAUAUGUAUAUGUACAUGUAUAUAUGGGUUUGAUCUUCGUCCUAGUUUUACUGCACCAUUGGAAUCUCUAUCUCUAGUCACACCCAUACUGGACUAGUCGCUGAGAUACUAAUCACAGAUGAUCUCACUGUGAAAAUACUGUCUCACUCAUACAAGUUUUGGUAGAACAUCUUUACAAGAGAAGGAGCUCAUUCACAUCCUUGGAUGCAAUCUACUUCAUCCAACCAAUUGAAAAAAAUGUCAACUUGCUCAUAUCAGACAUGGAUGGAUAUGAACCUUUGUACAGAAAGGCAUUUGUCUUUUUUAGUUCACCUAUUCCAAAAGAAUAUGUUUCAAGAAUCAUUUCCAAGGAUAAACCUGCCUUAUACAGCCGCAUUGGUGCAAUAAGAGAGAUGAAUUUGGAGUACGUUCCCAUAGACAGCCAGGGUUUUCUUACCAACAAUGAGAAGUCCUUAGAGGAACUCUAUGGAGGAGAUGAUGAAGAAACAGAUGAAGGGACAACAUGUCUGAAUGUCAUAGCUACUCGAAUUGCCACAGUUUUCGCUUCUUUAAGGGAAUUUCCUUGUGUGCGCUACCGAGCUGCAAAGUCUCUUGAUGCAACUGCAACUAGGAGUUUUCGCGAUUUAGUGCCUGCAAAACUUGCUGCUGGUGUGCUGGACUGUCUUAUGGAAUAUAAGAAAACAAUUCCUGAUAAAUUCCCACAAACAGAAACAUGCCAAUUGCUAAUCCUUGACAGAUCUUUAGACCAGAUUGCUCCUAUAAUACAUGAAUGGACAUAUGAUGCAAUGUGCCAUGAUUUACUAAAUUUGGAAGGAAACAAAUAUGUGAAAGAGGUUUCUAGUAAAACUGACUGUCCUACUGAGGAGAAAGAAGUUCUUUUGGAUGAAUAUGAUCAUGUUUGGCUAGAGCUUCGUCAUGCACACAUUGCAGAAGUUGGUGAAAGGUUGCAUGAGCAAAUGACCAAUUUCAUAUCAAAGAACAAGGCUGCACAGAUCCAACUUGGUUCAAGAAAUCAUGAAGAACUAUCUACAUGGGACAUGCAAAAUAUGGUUCAAACAUUGCCACAAUAUAGCAAAGAAAUUGACAAGCUUACCCUUCAUAUAGAGAUUGCAGGGAAAAUUGACAGAAGUAUCAGGGACCUUGGGCUUAAAGAGCUAGGACAGCUAGAGCAGAACCUUGUUUUUGGAGAGGCUGGAUUGAAAGAUGUAUUAAAAUAUUUGACCAAAAAAGAUGACACUACUGGUUUUGUUGGGUGCACAAGGGAGAACAAGCUGCGCUUAUUGAUGAUUCUUGCAGCAAUAUACCCUGAAAAAUUUGAGGGUGAUAAGGGUUUGAGGUUGAUGAAGUUGGCACAGCUACCACUCCAAGAUUGGAGUGCUGUGAAUAAUCUGAGGCUUCUUGAGGGAUCAUCAUCACAUUCAAAACAAAGCCCAACAAGUCCUUUUUCUCUGACCUUUGAGAAGAAGAAUCAUGCAACUCGAAAAGAUCGCGAAGGUGAAGAAGAAAAAACAUGGCAAUUGUCACGUUUCUAUCCCAUUAUAGAGGAACUUAUUGAAAAACUUAGCAAAGGUGAACUUUCAGAAAUAGAUUAUCCAUUGUUGAGUAAACCAAGUCCAACUUCACCACCAAAACAUCAUCAAACCCCAGCUGCUAAUUUAGUGAGAUCAAAACGUACUCCAACAUGGGCUCGAUGUCAGCCCUUUCAUGACAAAUAUUCAAACGAUUCCAAGAAGAUGGGGCAACGAAUUUUUGUAUUCAUUGUUGGUGGAGCUACUAGAUCAGAGCUUAGGGUUUGCCAUAAGCUUACAAGUAAGCUAAAAAGAGAAGUUGUCCUAGGCUCUACAAGUCUUGAUGAUCCUUUAGAAUUUAUAAUGAAGUUGAAAAUGUUGAGAGCACAUGAUGAAAUCUAGAGCUAGAAGAUGACCCAAGAAUGAGGUUGAUGAGCUCAAUUAAUAAUAAUAUUAUUAUUUUGACAUAUAUAACAUCUGCAAAUUCAGCUACCCAUUAGACUAUCUCCAAUGAGAGAGAUAUCAUAUGUAAAUAUUAUGUUAUAUUUGGUACAAAAAAUUAAUAUGUGUUAUAUUCGACAUAAUUUUUAACACUAUGUUUUAAUGCACGAUUGUAAAAGUUGAUGAAAAAAUCAAUCUUACAUUAAUGUUUAUUUGAUAUUUUUAAAAUUAAAAAUAUAAAAAAUUACUAA